AUGUAUUAUACGGAAGACACUCAAUUAGAAUGGUGGCUAUUUAAAGAUGGGAAGCAUCAAUUUCAAGAAGAUGAAACGGAUAAAGCGAAAAUGAUCGUCUUGCGAAGGGAAAAACAAUUUAAUGAAAUGGAAGAUAAAACGAACCAUGCAACGAAAAGCUAUUAUUCUCCGUUCACUUCCGAGGAAGCCGUAGAUAAGCUGAAACGAUUUCAAUCUACACAACCAUAUAUUGAACUGCCCACUAUUACAAGAAUGUCACAAAUGCAAGAUUAUAAGACUGAGGACAGUGAAACAUUCAUACAUCAAGAAGUAGGGGUUAUAAAAUCUUCAAUUGGAGAUAUAGAAAUUACUGUACAGCAGGAAGCACAUCACGAGGAGCCCAAGAAUAUAGAGAUCUUCAUCCAAAAGAAGGUGCUAAUAAAUGAAGAAGCUAAAGAACCAAUAAUUAGACCCGAAUUACGUGUACUGACUCCUGCUAAAGAAUUGAUAGACACUAGCCAAAAAGAAGAUCGAAUUUGCAAGAGGAAGAAAAUUCAUUCGCACAAGAACUUACAAAACCUGAUAAAAAAGAAGACAGCAUACCUCUAG